GCCCUGGCUUAGGCUGUAGGUAAUAUCUUGUAUUAUCAAACUAAUAAGAAAAAUGAGCAUAGAUCUAUUCGCUUAUGAAUGACUUUAAAGUAUUCCAGGGUUGGUAGAGUACCUAGGUAAUUUUAAUUAUUUAAGACCGUAUGUUCUUUUAGGACUUGUUUUCCUAGGCGAAGAAGCCUAACACCUAGAAGACCGUUUUGUCUUGUACAUGAUCAUGGCUACUCAACUCCGUGAUACUGAGUUUGGUCUUUUCGUACGAUUCUUAUCUAGAAGAAAACUAUUGCAAUAUCCUGAUGAGAUUGAUCCGUCAUCGUGGAAGAAGUUCUUACCGAGUACAGGGUCAACACCAACACCCCCAAGAGAACAAAUCAAUAAUCCACAGCAUUCCAAAUAUCAGGAGCCGGGUGCGAAUAAUAUCGUCGACGAUGGCCAAGGUGUAUACCUUGUGGAUUGGUACGGGCCUGAUGACCCAGAAAACCCCCAAAACUGGUCCAGUAGCUGGAAACUUUUAAUUAUGUCCAUAAUGUGCAUCCUUAAUUUCUCUUUCUACAUUGCCAGUUCAAUUUACGUUCCUGGUAUACCAAGUAUCAUGGAAGAUCUCGAUACCAGUGAGAUCGUCGCAACACUAGGUCUCUCCCUCUUCACUCUUGGUUAUGGACUGGGCCCUAUGCUUUGGUCUCCAAUGUCCGAAAUUCCUCGACUCGGACGCGGACCCCUUUAUUUCUGGACAUUCCUCACCUUCAUCCUACUCCAACUUCCAACCGGUUUCGCAGUAAACAUGCCUAUGUUCCUCAUCUUCCGAGUGUUAACAGGCUUUGUCGGCAGCCCUCCUUUAGCAACUGGCGGAGCCACAAUUGUCGACAUGUAUGAUCCCGCCCGCGCUGCCUAUGGAAUCUGUAUAUUUUCGUCGUUCGGUGUUCUCGGUCCCGUCUUUGGUCCAAUAAUUGGUGGAUUUGCGGCACCGGCUAAGGGCUGGCGAUGGACAAUAUGGAUAUUCACCUGGUUAUGCUCGUUGGUGAUUAUCUUGAUGUUUUUCUUGCUACCUGAGACUAGCGCGGCCAAUAUUCUGUAUAGAAGAGCGAAGAGAUUGAGAAAACUUACCGGUGAUAAUCGGUUUAGAAGCCAGUCCGAAAUCGACGCCGCCAAUCACACAAUCAAAGACCAUUUGAUUGUCCUUGGUAGGGCAUUCACACUUACGUUCUCGGAACCUAUUGUUUUCUUCAUGGACUUGUAUUCGGCGCUGCUAUAUGGAGUUCUCUUCCUUUGGUUUGAGUCAUUUCCCCUUGUGUUCGGCGAGAUUUAUGGAUUCGGGACUGGCGAGCAAGGCUUAGCUUUUCUGGGUAUCUUCAUCGGUGCUCUUGUUACCGUACCCAUAUUUUUGCUCUGGAUUCGGUAUGGUAUAGUGCCGAAAUUCGCCCAACCUUCCUUCAAACCUGAGAUGGUACUCCCACCUACGAUAGUCGGCGCAGUUUCGCUUCCGAUAUGUCUCUUCUGGUAUGGUUGGACGGCACGAGGAAGCGUCCAUUGGAUUCUGCCCAUUAUAGGUUCCGGCUUCUUCACAGUUGGCGUCGUUACAUUGUUCAACACGGUUUUCAAUUAUUUGGGAAUUUCGUAUCCCGCUUAUGUUGCAUCCAUUUUCGCCGGCAACGCCCUAUUUCGAGCUUCAUUCGGUGCAGCAUUCCCGCUAUUCGCGAGACAAUUGUUUGAGCAACUCGGCAUUGGGCCUGGUAAUUCCCUUCUUGGUGGCAUUGCCGUAUGCUUCAUACCAAUCCCAUUCAUAUUCUAUCGUUAUGGCGAAAAGAUCCGUCAUAUGAGCAAGAAUGCGCGGCAUGAUAUCUAACGAUAAUACUAAAAUCGGAUGCCGAAGGAACCCCGGUGUCCAUACUAGCAUUCAACAAGCAACAUAUACAGUAGAAAAAAGGACAGAAAAAUGACAACAAAUAGC